CCCUUGUCUACUAGCUAAAUUUAGGCCUCUUCAUGGCCCGGAGGGGGCUGGAAAUCUUCUGGGAGAAGCAGGGCUGCUGACAGUCAGACGCAUGCAGACCGGGUUGGAGGGCUGAGCUCACCUCCUGGCAUUCCAGGCUGAUUGCUCCAGUCCCAAAAGCCUCUGCACACCAUGGAGCAGGGGUGGGUCCUGUCUUCUGUCCACUCAGGGUCCCAUGCCUGCCCUGGGACUCUAUAGGUUUUGUGUUUUCCCCACCAGCCUGGGGUCUCUCUAGCAUCCGUGACUCUCCCUUCAGACUCUGGUUCUCCAGGGCCUGCCUGUGCCUCCCCCAUCAGACUGCAGAUUCUUUGAGGACAGAGUGCCCUGGUGAGAAUGCAGAGCUCUGAGCCUCAGCAUUAGGUGUUCACUGGCCUGCUGUGAACACUGGCUUCCCCUCCCAGGCCUGGUCCUCAGGAGCCUGCAGUGUGGUUGGGUGCCACCUUCUGCCCAGCUCUGGUGUGCAACAGAGCUGUAAACAAAGAAGCUGUACUGGAGGAGGGCCAGUCCGGGCCUCUGCAGAGUGGACUGACAGUUCCUUCAUCAGAAAACCCAUGGAGGAGCUGGUGGGGCUGCGUGAGGGCUCCUUGGGGAGGCCUGUGACUCUGCAGGAGCUGUGGGGCCCGUGUCCACGUGUCCGUCAAGGCAUCCGAUGUGGCCUGGAGUGGCUGAAGCAGAAGCUGUUCCGUGUGGGCGAGGACUGGUACUUCCUGAUGACCCUCGGGGUGCUCAUGGCCCUCAUCAGCUUCGCCAUGAACUUUGCCAUCAGCCGAGUGGUCAGAGCACACAAGUGGCUAUAUGGGGAGCUCGGGGACAGCCACCUGCUCCGGUAUCUUUCCUGGACCGUGUACCCGGUGGCCCUCCUGUCCUUCUCCUCGGGCUUCUCCCAGAGCAUCACGCCCUUCUCUGGAGGCUCUGGAGUCCCCGAGCUGAAGACCAUCUUGGCAGGUGUGGUCUUGGAGGACUACCUGGACAUCAGGAACUUUGGGGCCAAGGUGGUUGGCCUGUCCUGCACACUGGCCUCGGGCAGUACCAUCUUCCUAGGCAAAGUGGGCCCCUUUGUUCACCUGAGUGCGAUGAUUGCUGCCUACCUGGGCCAGGUGCGCACCAGGACCAUCGGGGAAUCUGAGAACAAGAGGAAACAAAAUGAAAUGCUGGUGGCAGGGGCUGCUGUGGGCGUGGCUACAGUCUUUGCAGCCCCAUUUAGCGGCGUCCUAUUCAGCAUUGAGGUCAUGUCCUCCCACUUCACCAUAUGGGAUUACUGGAGGGGCUUCUUCGCUGCCACCUGUGGGGCUUUUGUGUUCCGCCUCCUGGCUGUGUUCAACAGUGAGCAAGAGACCAUCACGUCCAUCUACAAGACCAGCUUCCGUGUGGACGUGCCCUUUGACCUACCUGAGAUCUUCUUCUUUGUGGUCCUAGGGGUCAUUUGUGGUGUCCUGAGUUGUGCUUACCUCUUCUGCCAGCGGACCUUCCUUGGCUUCGUCAAGAACAACUGGUUCACCUCCAAACUGCUGGCCACCAGCAAGCCUGUGUACUCUGCCCUGGCAGCCCUGGUUCUGGCGACCAUCACCUACCCUCCUGGCCUGGGCCGCUUCAUGGCCUCUCGGUUGUCCAUGAAGGAGCAUUUGGACUCGCUGUUUGACAACAACUCGUGGGCACUGAUGUCCCGGAACUCGUCCCCACCCUGGCCAGCCGAGCUCGACCCCCAGAACCUGUGGUUUGAAUGGUAUCACCCGCAGUUCACCAUCUUUGGAACGCUGGCCUUCUUUCUGGUUAUGAAGUUCUGGAUGCUGAUUGUGGCCACCACCAUCCCCAUACCUGCUGGGUACUUCAUGCCCUUAUUCAUCUAUGGGGCAGCCAUCGGGCGCCUCUUGGGGGAGGCUCUCUCUUUCAUCUUCCCUGAGGGCAUCGUGGCUGGAGGUGUGGUCAACCCCAUCAUGCCUGGGGGGUAUGCUCUGGCAGGGGCUGCGGCCUUCUCUGGGGCGGUGACCCACACCAUCUCCACGGCACUGCUGGCCUUUGAGGUGACCGGCCAGAUUGUACACGCACUGCCUGUGCUGAUGGCGGUGCUGGUGGCCAAUGCCAUCACCCAGAGCUGCCAGCCCUCUUUCUAUGAUGGUACCAUCAUUGUCAAGAAACUGCCCUACCUGCCAUGGAUUCGGGGUCGCAAGAUCGGCUCCCACCCUGUGACUGUGGGGCACUUCAUGAACUCCACCAUCACCACGCUGGCCAAGGACACCCCGCUGGAGCAGGUGGUCAAGGUCGUGACCUCCACUGAUGUGGCCCAGUACCCCCUGGUGGAGAGCACAGAGUCUCAGAUCCUAGUGGGCACCGUGGGAAGAGCCCAGCUGGUGCAGGCCCUCCAGGCUGAGCCCGCUUGCUGGGCUGCAGGUCAACAGCGCUGUCUCCAGGACAUCUUGGCUGGGGGCUAUCUCAUGGAGCCAGUGACCCUGCAGCUGUCCCCAGAGACCUCCUUGCACCAGACACACAACCUGUUUGAGCUGUUGAACCUUCAGUUGCUCUUCGUGACGUCGCGGGGCAGAGCUGUGGGCUUUGUGUCCUGGGUGGAGCUGGAGAAGGCAAUUUCCACCCUGACCGAUCCACCGGCCUCAAAGUGAGCCAGGCUGGUCAGCCGGAGCAGGGCACCCAGAUGCCUGGUGCCUGAGAUUGGGCAGAAACCCCACCUCUCUUCCCAUCACUACCCAGUCCCCUCCAGCAGCUCAACUCCAUGGCAGAGCAGGCAAGUCUCUAGCCUGGGAGAGGUUCCACUACGGGAGAUGACAGCUCCUAGCUGGAAGGACAAAUCCCACCGUGGAUGGAGCAGAGUGUGAGAUGGCAGAGAACUCAUGGGGGGUUGGUGCUCAGUGAGUGAUGAGCAAUUCAUGGUGAAGACUGGUGUGCACCAUCACCAAGGGUGGCCCUUGUGCCUUCCUGUGGUUGUCUGUUCUCAACCAAAAGCCCCUGAGGAAAAUAAAGCUGACGCCCAGAGCUGCUGUUCACCCUGCUC